AUGGACAAUGCGUACAUCUCUUGCUCCACCUCGCGACGCCCGAGGCUUUCCGGAUCCGGCCAGAUCUGCGGGACCUACGCAAUUGACCGGAGCUUGUACAACGUCUUUCUGGCUGCCGGGCGAAAUGACUCUGUCAGCGGCCAGUACCCGAAUCGUCAUGAGGCCGAAACGCCUGGUAUAAAGACAGCCGCGAAGAUGCGAUCAAGUGGACAGGUCCCGGCUCAACUGCCAUCCCAAAGACUCAAGGCAGCGCUCGGCGACUUCAUCACACCGACCUACCCAACGCCCGUUGAUCUGAGCAGCAACCACAGCCUUGUCCAGGCCAGCUGGAAGAACCUCACCUCAACCCUGGACAAGUACCUCCAAGGGAAGCUCAAUGCUUCCAUGGGUGCCGCCUUUACCGGCGUGGAAGACGUUACCUUUUCCGUCGGCUUGUUCUCGCUCAACGACCCCAAGUCCGCGCGGCUGCAGUACCACCACGCAGCGCCCGAGAUCAAGAACGCCACAGUAGGGACGCGAAAGGUAGAUGAGACCAGUAUUUACCGCGUCGCGUCCGUGUCGAAGCUCGUCACCGUCUUUGCCGGCCUGCUGGAGCUAGGCGACGAGGACUGGCACCGACCUCUCACAGAGAUUAACCCCAGCUUCAAGCGAGACAUGGCGAAGAAUGCAUCGGCCGUGGAUGUGAUCAAGACGAUACAAUGGGACAAGAUUACGCCGUGGGCGCUUGCUACGCAACUCAGUGGGCUGCCCACGCUGGGAUUUCUCGGCGACGUGUACGACAAAGCGAAAACAUCCGAGUAUGGCGGGCCUGUUGUCAACACGAGCUCUCUCGGGGCAUGUGUAGAAAAGAUAUAUAAGGGCAGCCUUGACUGCUCCAUCGACGAAAUCAUCUCGUCCCUCAGGGACCUCCCACCCACCUACCUGCCGUGGAAGACGCCCAUCUACUCGGACCUCAACUUCAUGCUGCUCGGACUGGCCAUUUCCGACCUCACCAACAAGUCCAUCGCCGACGUGUACAGCGCCAGCAUCUUUUCGCCGCUCAACAUGACGUCGUCCAGCAUCCGGAGCCAGAACACGACGCUGCCGCGCGAAGUCGUCGUCGGCACCCCCGAGAGCUACCACCUCCUCGACGCCCUGCCCGUCACGGCCCCGUCGGGCGGCGUGCUGUCGACGCUCAGCGACCUGCGCAAACUUGGUCUCGGCAUCCUCAACAGCACGCUGCUCGGUGCCGAGGCUACCGACCGCUGGCUGAAGCCCGUGUCGCACACGGCGAGCCUCAGCUACUCCAUCGGCGCGCCCUGGGAGAUUUACCGCUACGUGCAUCCGGACACGGGCCGCGUCACCGACGUCUACACCAAGCUCGGCGACGCCGGCAGCUACGGCGCCGCGCUCGCCCUCAUCCCCCAGUACGAUGCCGGCUUCGCGUUCCUCAACGGCGCCACGUCUGCGGCGCGCUCCGAGAUUGCCCUCGGCAUCCUGGACGCCGUCACCGCGACCGUCCUGCCGGCGCUCGAGGCCGAGGCGCGCGCCGAAGCCAAGCGCAACUUUGUCGGCGCGUACGCGUCCGCUGGCGGGACGCUGAACGCGACGCUCAAGAUUGGCUUCAACCAGUCGACGGACCCGACCGACGUGCACUCGAGCCUGGUCGUCACCGAGUGGAUGUACAACGGCACCGACAUCCUGCGCAACGGAAUCUUCUUCCAGGGCUCCGCGCCGCGCCUCGAGCAGUCGAUUGUGCGCCCCGCCGCGAACGGCAGGCCGCGGCAGGUGGCCUUUAUCCUGUCCAACUAUGACCAGACGCCGACGUACGAGGCAGCUGGGUUGGGGCCCUGGACCGGGUUCUACCACUCAAACGGCGAUUUUACCUACACAGGCCAGCAGAACUAUGGUGGUCAGCCUGUGCGCGAGCUCGUGUUUGACCUGGAUGAGAAGGGCGCCGCGGUCAAGUGCACGCCUUCGUACCAGAGGAUCACGUUGACGAGAUCCAAGAAAUAG